CCAAUUUAGCAAAACUGGACAAAAAAUCUAAGCCAGCCUGAUGUAGCAAAGUUCCAGCCUGCUCUGCCCACCUAUCUUUUGAAUACAGGCGCCAGCAUGGUCUGAUUGACAUUCCCCUAUACAGGAUGUUUCACAACAAGCUGAGCCAUGGUGGUCACCGCGCUGUCCCCGAGCCUGCUGCUCCGAGCCCUGGCGGGACGAGCUCCCCGAGCCUGCUGCUGUGCCCUGAGCGCCCGUCGGCUGCACCUCACCGCGCCCAGAAAUGAUGCAGUCAUAAUUUCUGGAAGAAAACUGGCUCAGCAGAUCAGACAGGAAGCCCGACAUGAGGUUGAACAAUGGGUAGCAGCUGGUAACAAGAGACCCCAUCUCAGUGUGGUUCUAGUUGGAGAAAAUCCUGCAAGUCACUCCUAUGUACUUAACAAAACCAAAGCAGCUGCUGAUGUAGGGAUCAGCAGUGAAACAAUCCUGAAGCCAGCCUCCAUCACUGAAGAGGAGCUGCUUGAUUUGAUUAGCAAGCUAAAUGAUGACACCAAUGUGGAUGGUCUGUUAGUGCAGCUUCCCCUACCUGAGCAUAUUGAUGAGAGAAAGAUCUGCAAUGCUGUGAUCCCAGAAAAAGAUGUUGAUGGCUUUCACGUGGUGAAUGUGGGACGCAUGUGUCUGGACCAAUAUUCAAUGCUGCCGGCUACACCUUGGGGUGUGUGGGAAAUCAUCAAGAGAACUGGAAUUCCAACCCUGGGGAAGAAUGUAGUAGUGGCUGGCAGAUCAAAGAACGUUGGAAUGCCCAUUGCAAUGUUGCUGCAUACCGACGGCAGACAUGAGCGCCCUGGAGGUGAUGCAACAGUAACAAUAUCACAUCGCUACACUCCUAAGGAACAGCUCAAGCAACACACGAUUUUGGCUGAUAUUGUGGUAGCAGCUGCAGGUAUUCCUAAUCUGAUCACAGCUGAUAUGAUUAAAGAAGGAGCAGCAGUUAUUGAUGUUGGGAUAAACAGAGUGCAGGAUCCUGUUACUGCCAAGUCAAAACUAGUUGGAGAUGUGGAUUUUGAAGGAGUAAAGAAGAAAGCCAGUUACAUCACUCCAGUCCCUGGGGGAGUUGGGCCCAUGACAGUUGCUAUGCUGAUGAAGAAUACAAUUAUUGCGGCAAAGAAAAUGCUGAAAUCUAAAGAGCUUGAAGCCUUAACUGUUUAAUGGUGGACCUAUAACUUUCAAAAUAACAUUCCAAAUCAACUCCCAAAAACAGGCCGAUAGAAAUGCAAUAUUUUUAUUUAUUGUAGAGAAGUGCAUUCAAUGAGACUUUGAAGUCAGUAGAUAUUUAUUUAAAGCAUAAGUAUACAAUCAUUUGUAUACAAAGGCUUUAAGCAUCUAAAUACCUGGGUCACUCCAUCUGUUUAGUUUGUAAUGAUUCCCAGUGAAGUUGGGUUUUUUAAUAUUUAAACUAGUUACAUUCUGAGAAGUCUAAAACUUGCAGGAUGGAGAAAAUCAGCUGCAAGUGAUUUCGAUAUGACAGUGUUGCAUAUACAGGAAUUUAUAGUACACAGGAUAUGUGAAGCUAGCAAGUUGGAAAAAAGAGUAUCGUUCCACAGUGAAAGAAUAAUGAUCUUCAAGGUAAAGUGCUUUCAUAGAUCCUGAAAUUUGACCACAUUUACAGGAUUGUUUGCUAGCAUUGUUGAGAGUGCAAAAUAGUAAUCAGGUGUGGAGCUAAAAUUUAUUUUUCUACCAAAAAAGUUACACAGGUUUAAAAACAGACUUAGACUUGCAUGGAAAAGCUGUUAACUACUUGUUCAAAUCUAGGUAGCAUUGAAUCCUGCUAAGACAUCUUAUAAGCGCAGACAGGUUGAAAGCUAAACAGUUCUCCCAGCUAUUGGUAUGUAGCUAGACCAAUAUUCAGUACUGAGGCACAAUACAACUCUAUUUAUUUUUCUUUAGCCAAAGAACAGAGGUGGCUGUUGGCUCUGCAUUGGAUGUGACAUUUUACACUACAGUGUGAGGCCUGAAAAUGCUUAGUGAAUAACCUAGGCUAACUUUGAUUAAAAAAUUAUUGAAAAAAUAAUUGCUUGGUCUCAGAAUCAUUAGGAUGGGUGAGUAACAGCCCAGAUGUUAGGUUCUUGAACAUAUAGCCUGCCAGUUAAAUUGCCGCAGGGCAUUUGAUCUGUAUAUAGUUGCCUUGGAUAACUUCUGGUCUGGUAUUACUCAAAAGCUACUUUUAAACUCAUUACUGUUUUGGUGUAUCAACUUCCUAAAAAGAGCUGGGAUAGCUUUUUUUCCACACAGCUAAAUCACUUCACUUUGUUUCUGGUCAGAGACAGCCAUUACACCAAAUGGUUUGGUUGUCUGUUCUGGACCAGUCAGACUCGAUUGCAAUUACUAAACUCACUUCCACUUUUGUCAAAGCAGCAGACUGCUUCGUGUGGUAUGCAUUCAGAUUUUUUUUAAGGUGAUAGCUUCCAACUUUUAUUUCAAAGAACGUCAGCUGUAGUUGGAGCUGCUGCAGCAGAAGUGAAUUGUAGUUAAAAUUCAUUUCUGCUGCUUAUCUCUGAGUGUUGCACCAAAAUUUGCAGAAUAGCUUCUAAUGCUAUCAGUACAAAAGGGACUUUUAAAGUUUCUUACCAUCUGUAGUGGACUGCAGCUCCAUAUUAACUAGGAUGAAGAAGAUUGGAUUUACAUUUCUUUCUAGACACUUCCCUCUACAGCAAGUCAUGUUUCUUCUGAAGGCAAAGCCUCAAGUGUCCUGGAAAGUAGUUUGAAACAAAACCUGCUCCUGCUGCCAAAUCUCUAAGAGGAAGAGACCCCUUUAUUGUGAGCAAAAAAACAAAAAACUUGCUGCCUUACCUGCUGGAGCUGUGAGAGCCUCCAAGAAUUGAAAGCUUGUCUACUGCAAACUACUGCGCUGCUAGGUCCAAGAACACCAUUAGUCAUAUAAAUGUUACCUGGAUUUCACCACCUUCUCCACUAGACUGGUCUUAGCAGGUUGUUGUAUAGGAAGGAUGCAUUUUUGAUGAGAGUGAAAUCCUGGAAGUUAAGAUUUAGGUUUGUAUCAUGAACACACUACAAAGUGAAGAGAAUUUAAUGAUUUAUUGGAUUGUUAAUGAAAUGUAAAAUAGCUACUGUAUGUAGUAGCAAGUAGGCUGCAAGUCUGGUACUCUUCCAAUCACUUUGCAUAUACAAAAAAUUGUAAACAGCCUGUGACAUUGAACACGGCAUGGAUUUAAUUAAAACUGGUACUGUA